UUCCGCACGGCGCCGGCUGCCGCCCCCCUCUUGGCGGCUCGUCUCGCUGCUGAGGGGACCCUCGCUGAGCCGUCGCUGCUCUCCCGCCGCCAUCUCUUGUUCCGCCGCCCCUCGGGCGUCGAAUGUCUAUCCUGAGACCCUUACCAGGAGCUCUAGAACACAGUGCUGCAUUGGUUGAAUGAUGCUCAGAGAUACUAUGAAGUCCUGGAGCGACAGCCAGUCCGAUCUGUACAGCAGUGACCAAGAAGAAGAAGAACAGAUGAUUUUUGGAGAAAAUGAAGAUGAUUUGGAAGAGAUGAUGGAUUUAAGCGACUUGCCUACCUCACUGUUUGCUUGCAGUGUGCAUGAAGCGGUGUUUGAGGUACAGGAGGAAAAGGAAAGAUUUGAAGCACUUUUCACUGUCUACGAUAAUCAAGUUACAUUCCAGUUGUUUAAAAGCUUUAGAAGAGUAAGGAUAAACUUCAGUAAUCCAGAGGCAGCAGCAAGAGCACGGAUUGAACUGCAUGAAACUGACUUCAAUGGAAAAAAGCUGAAGCUAUAUUUUGCACAGGUACAGGUGUCCAGUGAAGUAGGAGACAAGUCCUACCUUCUUCCUCCACAACCUGUUAAACAGUUCCUGAUAUCACCACCUGCAUCUCCCCCAGUUGGAUGGAAACAGACUGAAGAUGCAACUCCACUGAUAAACUAUGACCUCCUUUGUGCUGUCUCCAAGUUGGGACCGGGGGAGAAGUAUGAGCUUCAUGCAGGGACAGAAUCCACUCCUAGUGUCGUCGUCCAUGUCUGUGAAAGUGAGACAGAAGAGGAAGAAGAAUUGAAAAAUCCUAAACAGAAGAUCAUGCAGACAAGACGUCCAGAGCCGCCACCAAUACUGGAUGAAUCUAAAGCAUUUGAUUGUACAUUGGAGGUAGGGGGUACUAUGCACUGUUAAACUCUGUGUUACUCAGGAUGCCAUCGAAAACCAGACACAUAAUGAGUACACACGUUGAUGCCUGUUGUCCUGCUAUAUGUUAUAUAUAGCAACAACAGAUUUUACUUGUAGUUGUCUCUCAUGUUCGAGAUUUUGGAUGCCAAUGCUCCACAAAGCACUUUAAUUCUAAGGACUAGUCUCCCAAGUGUAGCAAAUCCACCCGACGUGCAAUAGUGAAAAAUAGGAAGUUUAGUUUUAUUGAAAUAUUACUCUUUAUACUGUAAAGUGUGGCGUGCCAAGUGCUGAAAUAAUAUUUUUCUGUCACUACUGGAUUUGAAGAAGUUAUUUGUAUAGCAGUUAUAAACUGAUCCAUGCUCGUGUGGCAGCUUCCAGUUAUUUAAGUGGAAGUGAGGCAUAGGUCUUCAUGCUAAAAUUCCUUCCCAGUUAUCAGUCUUCUGGGCUGAAGGUCAGUACUUGCUUUUCUCAGAUAUGUUUUUAAUUUGACAUGAGGCACAAAUACAUAUAUGGAACUAAAUUCCAGUAGUUCUCACUACACAAAAGAGUACAGGAGGAAGGGCCACAGACCACUACAAGACGGACCCUGAAUCUGUCUCCAGCACUACUGCUGCUACUGUUUGAUGGUACACUGAUGGCUGCAACAGUUUGCACUGACAUCUGCUUAAGAGUGAGUUACAAUAUGCAGAGUGAAAUAGGGAUUCGGCUACUGAAUGCAAUCUCUUAUCCUCUCUGGAAAUGUGGUAAUGUUUGUCCCUCUCCAGUCCUGGAGAUGGCCUCAAUUUAUAAAUAAAUCAAACUGAAUGUAUGACAGAAUGAUAUGAGGAGGUAAAACACCUAGGGUAGAUUUCUGACCUGUGGACCUAAACCUGAUCUGUUGUUUUUGUUUUUUUGAAGACAGUCAGUUGCCUGGCUUGGCCAGCUGUUAUGCAGUUUAAGCCCUUCUUUGCUGUUUUUCAUUGAGACUUUUUCCUGUGCAGCAUCCUCUUUGUCUGAUAGAGCACCUGCUGCUUUAGAGACAAGGAUGCAUUUUUUAAAAUACAGAUCUUUAAAUUCCGUAAACUCGUGUUAAGCAUUUCAAUAGGUGGAAAAUAUGCCUCAUCGUGUGAUGUGUGUGUAUACUUUUAUGCUACUUUAUAACUAACCUUUUUUAGUCUACACGGAUUCUUCUUUUUUCUAUUAGUAAAAAACAAACAAACAAGCAAAACAAAACAGGAAAACAUUGAAAAAGCCAAGCUGCUUAUAUGCAUAUAUAGAAAUCAUUCAGAAAUUGGACUUUUUCAAAUCAUUUUAGUGUAUUUUAAUUCUAUUUGAAGUGCUCAUUGAACUUCUUUCCAAAGUGUUUUCACUUGGUUGACAACUGAAGUAGCAGUGAUCGUGAAUCUGCACAGGCACAGUAGUGUUCAGGUCCAUAUUGUGCUAGUUGCGAUCCCUUCCUGCCAUUGGCUUGCAGUUGUGAAGUGGGAUCCUGCAGGCAGGUCCUUGUUCCAGAGGCAGGAGUGUCCAUGAGAACGGCAGGAAAAAGGAUUUUGUUCAUCUCACCUGCAAAUGUGCUGAUAUUUAUGUAUUUCUUCAGAUGGUCAGAUCACUUUGUCUGACUUCUGUCUUGCUGUUCUGCAGUACGAAAAAAUAAGAGUUGUAUUGUCCUCGAGACCUGUGUGUUUUAAAAUGCCAGAAGUCCAUCUUGGAUUCUCUGGUAUUUAUAUUUUGUCAGUUGUUUGAUUUCUACCCCACUGUAACAGUUCGUGUAAGUAGGAAUUCAGUGAAAACUUUCCAAAACCAUUUUAUAAAGGCAAAUGGAAUGAGUGAUGUUGUCAAUGUAUGUUGUGUAAAGUGUAUCGCACCUUGCAUUCCAACAUCAUUCCUUGUGUAAAGAGGCUUAAAAUAAAAAUGAUACAGCGCCA